UCCUGGCGGGUAAUUUGUUUUAGCGAGAAAAUAGUCUAAUUUUCGAUGGUUUUUUUAUUUCAAACUAACGCAAAAUUGACGUAAAACUAGAAGCAAUGUGUUGCUGGGUAAAAGGAGUUAUCUUUUAUUGAAGUUAUGGCGUCUGCAAAUGUGCAAACAUCGUAUGAUAGUCAUGACUGCAGUCCAACCAGCAGUGCAAAUGAAUCAAGAAAAAAGUUUGGCGAAAUUAUGGAUGAAUGUGAAUUAACGUGGGAACAUAUUCAGGAGACUCAUAACAGAUUGGCAAGUCACAAAAAUGAUAAACCCCCAGUUGGAACAGACAAGUCAAAUGCAACAAUAAAAAUCUUAAGGCAUAAAGAAAGAAGAUUACAAGCUCAGCUGGAUAUUCUUAAAAAUCAAGAUGUUGAAGUGAUAUCAAAAGAUUUUCGUAAUGUGGAGGCAUUUCUUUGGGAUAGUAUUAAGCAAAAUGUUUCUCAAUUGCAAAAUGCCUUGGGUAUUGUGAAAGAGCAAAGAGUGGAGGUUGCUGAUGAUAUAAUAAGGGAGAAAAAAAUGUUGGAGGAACAAAAAGCAAUCCAAGAAUCCUUGGAAAGGAAAAUUAAGGUGUUGUACAAACAAGAAGAUGAGCAGCAAAAAAGCAGUAUACUGACUGAGCUUCAGGCAAAGAAGAAAGAAGCUGCCAAAGAUCAUUUAACAGUCAUGAAUCAGCUUGGCAAGUUUUUGUCAGAUCAUUUUCCAGCUCCAAACCACACAGAUAGUGAGGAUGAGGAAUCUGGAUGGCAAACACAAUACUGCAGUUUGCAGCAUAUAAUUGAGGCGCUGAUGAAUAGGUUGUUUGAAAGUCCUCAUGAUUGUUAUGUCAAGAUACUGCCAACAUACUGGGCACCUUACAUACAACUGCUACUACGAUCCAACAUCAUACAGCGACAUCCUGAUAACUGUAAUCUUAUAAGAUUGGUUGCAUUUCACACUUAAGAGAAGGUAUAUAAUAGGACAAUAUAACAGAUGAAUCAACCCUAAAAGUGACUGUUUACAGUCUGUAGUGCAUGAUGCAUAUCACAUAAGAUUUAAUAAAUGUAUUGUGUAUGUAAAAUUUUAUUUAAACUAUAACUUUUUAUGCAUAUAUACACAUUUAUCCCAAUUAUUUCCCCAAUUGUACCUAUAAACCAAAA